AUGUUUGCUCAGUGUUUAGUGUUUGCUGUGUUUAGCACGCUUACUUUAGCAUUAGCAAAUGAUGAUCUAUUUCUUCAUCGAUUCCGCGGUCAUAUUUUAAAAACCAAUGGAAAAUAUGAAAUAGUGACAACAUUAGCAGAUUCUUAUAAAGAACCCGAUGGUAAUUCUGAUAAUGUUUUAGCAACUGGAUCUUGGGAUCAAACUUACAAUAUAACUGGUUGGUCCGUAUUAGAAAUAAAAACAGCAGAAAACCAAACAAAUAUUGAUCAAGUUUAUUCAGCUGGGUUACUUGAAGGACAAUUUACACAAGAAUUAACUCGUAUGCAAUGGCAAAAUACCAUAACUAAUAUUUGUGUUAAUCGAACAGACUUUUGUGGAAAGCUAAAAAAUUUUUUUCUAACUCAACUUAAUUGGAUUUAUAUGCAAAUUGACACGCAUCCUAAUGAUGAAUAUUGGCAUCAAAUAAAUUUACUUCUUGUGCAAUUGAAUGGUCUUAUCGAUGGAUAUCAAAAUAAGUCACGUGGACCAAGAAAAGAACUUGAAGAUCCACUUGGAUUUUUUCUAUUUCAAGUACUCGCAUCUAUUGAUGACAUUGCUGUUCAUUUGGGUUUUCAAAAUAUUUCACGGCAUGAUAGUUGUUCAGCAUUAAUCAAAGUAAAAAAUAUUA